CCUAUUAUCCUUCCCAGAUUUUAUAGAAUGGCGGAUAGUAUCAAUUGACACUUUGCCUGCUUAAAAUAAUAUAUCACACCCUGUUUUUCUUACUAACCUGCAGCAUAGGAAAAUUAUCGAUUUCACUUAAUAGCCGUUAAGAUAAGAGCUGUAUUUUUUAUUGGCUAUUCAACAGUUAAAUCGAAUGCCCAGGUACAAUUGCAAGAUUUUGGGAAGGCUUAAUACUAAGAAGGAUGGAAAACUGCAAAAAGGAGCACAGGCUUAUUUUACCUGUACCAAUGUUUCACACUGAUUACAACAUCUGGGCUGUAUUAAAAAACUGCAUAGGAAAAGAACUAAGUAAAAUUACCAUGCCUGUUGUAUUUAACGAGCCAUUGAGUUUCCUCCAACGGAUGGCUGAAUACAUGGAGUAUGCUCAUCUACUCAAAGUCGCUUCUCAACAAGAAGAUCCACUAAAAAGAUUGCAAUAUGUUAUUGGUUUUGCUGUAAGUGCCUUGGCAUCUAAUUGGGAGCGCUUGGGAAAACCAUUUAAUCCCUUAUUGGGUGAAACCUAUGAGUUAGAAAGGGAAGAUUUUAGGAUCGUCUGUGAGCAAGUUAGUCACCAUCCACCUGUCUCAGCAUUUCAUGCUGAGGGGGGAGAUGAUUGGGUUUUUCAUGGAUCGAUUCACCCCAAAUUAAAAUUUUGGGGUAAAAGCGUCGAGAUUCAACCUAAAGGCACCAUAACUGUUGAAUUUCCAAAGCUGAAAGAAGCAUACACCUGGACAAAUGUCACUUGUUGCGUUCACAAUAUCAUCAUGGGCAAAAUGUGGAUGGAGCAAUGCGGAAAUAUGGAAAUUAUAAGCCAUGGUUCAACCUAUAAAGCCAAUUUAACAUUCAAACAAGCUGGCGGUAGCUCAAAAAACCUACAUAGGGUUGAGGGAUAUAUAUCAGACAAAAGUAAACAAAAACUCUUUCAUAUUUAUGGUAAAUGGACUGAGUAUAUUAAAUGUGUUGACUACAAUUCAUAUGAGGAGUAUACAAAAGAACAAAAGCUGAAGAAUGAUCAGAGGAGUAAGAGCCCCAAUGAGUCUCCCUCCCACACAUCCAAAAAGAUGCUGCAAAAAUUCAACAGCUUGAAAGUAGCAACAUUUAAAUCUCAAAAUUCUACGCAAGAAGCUGAUGACUGUGACCCUGAAGAACUGCCGAAAGGUGAUGCUAAUAUAAAUAUUGAGAUAGCCAACUCUACAACUCUUUGGCAAGUAGCGCCAAGGCCUCCACAAAGCGGAGAUUAUUAUCAAUUUACGGAAUUCGCAAUGUCGUUAAAUGAAAUAGAGCAAGGAAUGGAAAAAGUAAUUUGUCCAACCGACUCCAGAUUGAGGCCUGACAUUAGAAAAUUAGAGCAAGGAGAUAUUGAUGGAGCUGCCAUAGAAAAAACUAGAUUAGAGGAGAAGCAGAGAGAUGCUAAUAAAAGCAGAAAAAGCAAAAAUGCUACUCAGUGGUCACCAAGAUGGUUUAAGCAGGGCAUAAACCCAUAUACUCAACAAGAAGAUUGGAUCUCAAAUGGUAACUACUGGAAAAGACAAUAUCCAGAAGAUUUAGAUAUUUUCUAAGCCCUAAAAUAAUAAAAGCACCUAUUAUUAAAGUAGAAGUAAAUUGUUCAGAAAUAUUGUAGUAUUUUGUAGGCAAAAUUAUACUAGAAUUGCCGGUAUAUAAUUAGAAAGGAUUCUGAACCACCAACUCUUAAUUAUCUAAAACUAUUUUUACAGCAACCUUUACUGAAUUUCUUGUGAUAUUACUAAAAAUGAAUAUUAAUUUAUCUUUUAUUUUUAAAUUCAUAUAUUAUACAAUUUUAUUUUUUACAUGCUGUUUUUCGUAAUAAAAUAUCUUGUGCGUUGUAGAACAAAAAUUGGUCAAUUAAAUUAAUAGUUAUUUGCUAGAAAGAAUUUGUAUUAGUUGAUUUUAAAGUAAAUAAUAUCGUUUAUAGGAUCUCAGCCACUCACAUUUAGAAAUGAGUAUUGCAAAAUUGGUAGUUUGUGUCAAACUUGACAAAAAGUUGGUUAAGCAGCUAUAUGUGCUUCCAUGUAUGAGUAUUAUAAAACAAAAAAUUAAACUUUUAUAUUUCAUUCGAUAAUAUGAUGUUGGCUAAUCUAAAGAAAUCAUAAUAUUACCUAAAAAAUUAUUAUCGUUACAUCGUAUUAAAAUUAUAUCAUUUUAUUUGCUGUUGAAUAAUUUAGAAACUCUUAAAUAAUUUUUUUUUUAUAAAUCAAUAUUAAAGCCAGCUAAAUUUCCACAAAACUGAAAGAAUUCAAAAUUUCACUAAACAAAAUGAGUAACAAAAAAUAAAUAAAAAAUUAGACAUUUAAGAAGUAAGUGAUGAUCAAGAAGUUGGCAUAGAAGGAAUAUUUUAACAAAUAGUAAGUUUUACCAUUAAUAAAUGUCACUAGAUAUUUUAAUUUAACAACGAAACUUAAUGAUUAAGCAUAAAAGGAUUUUUUUGCAAAUAACAAACUUUGGUUUGCAAAAAUAUCGGACAGUUCAAGAGAAUCAAAUAAUAUUAUGAUUUCUAGACGCAAAUAUUAGUCGCUACGGUAUAUUAUCCUAUUAUAUAUAGUGAUCUUUUACUUUAAUUGUUAUUCUGUAUAAUUUUUAACGGGUUUAAAUUUGAUUUUUUAUUAAUAACAAAUUUAAAGACAUUUUAAUAGAAUAUUAAUAGGAGCCGACUUAUUUGAUUUAUUAGCAUUACUUGUAAUUACAUAUAUUUAAGUUAUAAUAUUCUAUAAUUAAAAAGCCUAAAAAAGACUGAUUCGUGCAAUAUUUCCUCAUUUUAUCACUUUAAUAAAUAAUAUAAGAUCACUAUAUAAGACAAUAUUUGAUAAAAAUGUAGAUAAUUUUCACAAAAGCUAAUUUAAUUUUAACCUGUUUCUUAUUUUGACAUAUUUCCAUAUAUAUAUUUUCAAUAGCUUUUUAAGGAGUAAUGAAAUUGCUGAAAAAGUUUUGCGCCUCAAUAUUAGUUUUUCGAAAUAUUAGCAGUCCGUGUGUAAAUUAAAAGGAAUAGGUAUCAAAAAGCUUAAAAUGUAGAUGUAUAGAUAUUAACAUACCAAAAUAUGUAUAUCAGAAAAGGCAAUAAUUUUUUUUUGUAUUCAAUAUUUUAUAGAUUACGUAUGGAAUUUGUUGAUAUUAUAGAUUUCUUUAGUGAUGUUAAUCGUUAACUCAGGUCAUUUAGGUAAAUUAUACAGAAUGGUCCAUUUUAAUAUAUGCACCAAAAUUGCUCCGAAAGAAAGCGAGAUACAGAAAAAUGUUUAAGACAAAAGUUGCUAAGGAUAAAUGAAGACAUGAAUCUGUGACGGUCGUUUUGACCUUGAGAUCGUUUUAGCUGUUUAUUUUAAAAAUAGUUUAACAUAUGGAUCAAGCAGAAAUGGUCAAAUAAUCUUAACCAUCUCGAUCUUGAAGUCAAUUAUCAAGGUCGUUUUUAGUAAGUUGUGGUAGACGUAUAAUUUUCGAAUCUUGUAUCAAAAAUAAGGAUUGUUAUUUAUAAGAAUUGCUCUGACCUUGAAAAAUUACCUUCACAGGUACAUUACCCCCUCUGUUCUCAACAACUUUGGUGUAAAACAUUUUUCUGUAUCUCGCUUACUUUCGAAGCUAUUUGGGUGGAUAUAUUAAAACGACCCAUUCUAUAUAUCGCAAAAUAUAGUUCAAAACAGUUUAUUAUUUUUGCUUAAGAAGAUAAAAGAAUGUAUGCCCUGUCUAGAAAGAGUUUAGAAUAGAUAAACAUAGUUUCGUAUUAGAUUAUUAAAUAAUCCGAAUAAUUAUACAUGGUUAUUUUAAAGAAAAGUAAUUCAACAAAAUCAUUUUGGUGCUACUUCGUAAAAUGUUUUCUGUCAUUGAAUAAAUAUUUAAUUAAAAGAAAAAUUUUUGAAUGACCGUGUAUAAUAAAUAGUACUUUUAUUUUAGCUCAAAUUAUUAGCAAUAUUUUUUCAUUGGAGGCUAAGGCUUUAGGAAACUUCUAUAUACACAUCACCAACAAUGUCCGAAAGGCAGUAAGUAAAGAGAAAUUUGAUUUGCUUUUUCUUCGAAAUAAAACAGUUUAAACGAUAACCUAAUUUGGAAACUCAUAGUCUUGAGAAAAUCUAAAGAUGUCGUUUUACCAGUUUCAUUUAAAUUAAAUAUGUUAAUGACAAAUUUAGUUAGAUAAAGUACUAUUUGGAGUUCGAAAUGCUUUAGUUAUUCGAGUAACGAUCUAUCGUACUUUGUUGGUAAGAUAUGUAUUUUAAACAAAAAGUCAAUGUUUGGGAACACUAGAAAAGGUAAAGCUGAUGGUUGUAGCAAGAUAUAUACUGUUAAAAAAUAAAAUAUUUAUUUCA